UUGCAGGAUGGGCGAGCAAUCUGAAUACGUAAUCGGAACUCUACUGCAGUAUACACAUAGGUUUUGUAAAUAAUUUUGUAAAUAAUUUAUCGAUCUGAUAGGCCAUUUUAACUGUGCGCCUAAAGGAACAAUUAAUCAAUUCUUGAUCACGUGUUGUACUGUCAUAAUUAUUAAAAAAAAUAAAGUUGGAACUGUUCAAAGGGGUCGUUGCAGUUCGACAACAUGUCCGAGCGUAACGAUGACACAGAAAAUGAGAAGAAAUUAAGCGAGGAAGCAACGAACAGUUCUUCAACAACAGAAGAGGCAGAAGAUUCUGACGUUGAAAUGAUUCGUGAAUAUUUAGGACAAAUGCUGAUAAGGUUAUUUAAUUCGCCAACAUGCGAUGGACAGUCCACAAAAAAGGUUCUUCGAGAACUCAGCAUUGAUGGGAUAGUAGACUAUAUCAAGGAAACAGAAAAUAUUAAAAUUGUUACAAUGGCUGGAGCUGGUAUAUCCACAUCCGCAGGAAUUCCUGAUUUUCGAUCGCCGUCUAGCGGGUUGUAUCACAAUUUAAAGAAGUACAACUUACCUUACCCUCAAGCUAUUUUUGAAGUUAGUUAUUUUAUGGAAAAUCCAGAACCCUUCUUCACACUUGCAAAGGAAUUAUUGCCUGAAGGCUUUAAACCAACCCCAUGCCACUACUUUAUACGGCUCUUGUGGCAAAAAGGAUUACUCUUAAGACACUACACGCAGAAUAUCGAUACAUUGGAAAGGAUUGCUGGCUUGCCACCUGAAAAAUUGGUCGAAGCACAUGGAUCAUUCCAUACUGGACAGUGUCUAAAAUGCAAAACAACGUAUACUUUACCGUGGAUGAAAAAGAAAAUUGCUGAAGAUACCGUGCCGAAGUGUGAAAAAUGCAAGGAGGGUGUAGUAAAACCAGACGUUGUAUUAUUCGGAGAAUUGUUACCCCAACGUUUCGAUCACCUGAUCGAACAGGAUUUUCCGGAAGCGGAUCUACUGAUCAUUAUGGGAUCCAGUUUGCUUGUCCAUCCAUUUGCAUCCUUGGUAGACAGAGUACGACCUCACUGUCCGCGUUUACUCAUUAAUAAAGAAAAAGUGGGCAUGCAAGAUCGUUUGUCACGGUUCCUGGGACUGCGGCAAGGCUUCGUCUUCAAUACGAAAGAUUCUUCGGGUGGACGCGACGUUGCCUGGUUAGGCGAUUGCGAUACCGGAUGCAGAAUGUUAGCAGAAAAAAUGGGAUGGGAAGACGAAUUAACAGACCUUAUAAAAAGAGAACACGAAAAAUUGGAUGCUGAAAGCGCUAAGAAGAAUUAGUUAUAUUAAUGGUAUUCCGGAGAGGAGCUGUGUUCGGGGCCAGCGCCGUCAUAGCCGUGCGGUAGAAGAACGGUCAGCCCGCUGCUUAACAUCCAUUUCGCUUCGCCACUAGUCACAAAGGUGUCGAUUACGAUUUGCGCUCCGUUGAAGAAAUCACCAAACUGUGCUUCCCAGACGGCCAAGGUUGUCGGCAGAGCUAUACUCAUCCCGUACUCGUAACCCAAAGCCGCUUCUUCCGACAGAAUGCUGUUAGCCAAUUCCAACUUUCCUGUUUGACCCUCUAUCAUCGAGUUUAGAGCGAUCUGUACGUCUAGAAUAUCGAGUAACGAAGUAAAUAUUGAUCCGAUAAAUUUGGGGAAAAAUCGA